GGAAACUUUGUGAGUUAUUAUCAUCUUAUUAUAAAACCAGACAACUCUCUUUUCAAUUUCAAUGUCUCACUCUCUUCCAAUUACAGAAUCUUGGGUCCAGAGAAAACCGGAAAACAUCUUUCUCUUUCUCUGCUGACCAUUGAUUUUAUAUGGACAAAUCCAUUUCUCUUUGAUUCCAUUCCAUUAUCUAUUUGAUUCUUUUCCAUUCAAUUUCGAGAUCUUUAAGAGAAACACCCAAAACCUUCAAUAAUUUUUCACUCGGAUUUUUUCUUGUUUUCUUGAAAUUGGGUUUUGUCAAUAAGAAGAUGGUCGAGGCAUUAAAGAAUGGUGUCUCCAUGGGUGUUCUUCCUCAAAACAGCUCUGAGUUAUUCGAUGAAGAUGGCAGACCCAAAAGAACAGGGACGGUGUGGACAGCAAGUGCACAUAUAAUAACAGCAGUAAUUGGGUCAGGAGUGUUAUCUCUUGCAUGGGCAGUUGCUCAGAUUGGUUGGGUGGGUGGUCCAGCAGUUAUGUUGCUUUUCUCUCUCGUCACUUAUUACACUUCUAUUCUCCUCUGUUCUUGUUACCGCUCCGGCGACUCUGUCACCGGCAAGAGAAACUACACUUACAUGGAUGCUAUCCAUUCCAACCUCGGUGGCAUUAAGGUGAAAAUUUGUGGAGUUGUGCAAUAUGUUAACCUCUUUGGUACUGCAAUUGGGUACACUAUUGCAUCAGCUAUAAGCAUGAUAGCAAUCCAACGGACAAGUUGCCAACAAAUCAAUGGGGACAAGGAUCCAUGUCAUGUCAAUGGCAAUCCUUAUAUGAUCGGGUUCGGUGUAGCACAAAUCAUAUUCUCUCAGAUUCCGGAUUUUGAUCAGUUAUGGUGGCUUUCAAUUCUCGCCGCAGUCAUGUCUUUUGGUUACUCCACCAUUGGGCUUGGCCUUGGCAUCUCCAGAGUGGUUGAGAACAAAGAAAUUAAAGGCACUCUGACUGGAGUCAGCAUUGGGACAGUGACACCAACAGAUAAAGUCUGGAGAACGUUUCAGUCUCUUGGGAACAUUGCGUUUGCCUACGCUUACUCCAUGAUUCUCAUCGAAAUUCAGGACACAUUGAAAUCACCACCUGCAGAAGAAAACACGAUGAAGAAAGCGACUCUCAUAAGUGUGGCAGUGACCACACUCUUCUACAUGCUCUGUGGCUGUGUAGGGUACGCAGCAUUCGGUGAUACUGCACCCGGGAAUCUCCUCGCCCAGGGAGGGUUCAGAAACCCGUAUUGGUUGCUUGACAUAGCUAACCUCGCCAUAAUAAUCCAUCUAGUCGGCGCUUACCAAGUCUAUUGCCAACCACUCUUUGCGUUUGUCGAGAAGGAAGCAUCCAAGAGAUAUCCAGAGAGUAAGUUCAUCACAAAGGAGACAAAGAUCCACCUCUUUCCGGGAUCCAAGCCAUUCAACUUGAAUCUCUUUAGGCUUGUGUGGAGGACGGUUUUUGUGAUUAUAACAACGUUAAUCUCAAUGUUAAUGCCUUUCUUCAAUGAUGUGCUUGGUCUCUUAGGGGCCAUCGGUUUUUGGCCUCUGACGGUUUAUUUCCCGGUGGAAAUGUACAUUGUACAGAAGAAUGUGCCGAGAUGGGGCACAAGGUGGGUUUGCCUUCAAGUCUUGAGUUUGGCCUGUCUUGUUGUGUCCAUAGCCGCGGCCGCAGGAUCCGUAGUUGGCAUUGUCACUGAUCUCAAGAGUUAUAAACCUUUCAAGACGGAUUUCUGAGAGCCUACGAAAAAAAAAAAAUAAACUCCUGCAAUAAGGAUGAAACUAGAAUUGGAUGUUGUAAUGUUAUCUUUAAAUUAGUUAAAAUUAACUCUGCAUAAAUGUACGAUAUUAAACUUUUUUUUUUCUACGGGGAGCUUGGGUUGAGUUCCUAUCCUUGUUCAUAAAA